AUGGCCGAUAGAGUUGACGGCAGCGAAUGCGACUGGAUUUUCAACUCAAGGCAGACAUCGUCUGGAGACUUUCACACACCAGACUAUUACAUUCCUACUUCCACCAAGUGCAGAUACAUAUUCGUCAGUGAAACAUCAAAUGAAGGAAUCGAUAUGCAAGUAGUCAUUCAGUUGAAUGUGUUCUACAGACAAAGGAGCCACGAAAAUGAAACGUGCAACGAAAGUGUGUCGUUAACGGACGGAGAUCUGGACGUUAAAAACUUUUGCAUUUCCGAGAUGGUUGAGAACGUUAACCAAAGAUACAGUUACGUAUACAGCGCAUUCAACAGCGUAGUCACCGUAACUUACUCGAGACGCGUGAAACAAAUAUCCAACCCGGAGCCAACGUGGGUCAACUACAAAUUCAGAAGAAAACAUUCGCUUCAAAAUAUAUCAAACAACACCUUAGUGCUUUCCAAGAAAAAAACAUCUACUGGUGAGAAUCAUGCAACGUCGCAUCAAAAUUCAUUAGAAGUUGACGUCUAA